UAUCCAGGCUUGGGCAAGGUUCAACUUGCUGGACGCAUUGAGCUCUUAGCGGGUGCAGGAAAGCAGCACAUUACAUGCAAUGAAUCUGUUUUUUCUAACCACAGCAGGACUCUAACGCGAGAAUAUUUUUUUCCUUUUGCAUUUUUGCAAUGUCGACGUUGGGGACGAGUUAUUAUGUAGAAACGCCUGUUCUUUCCGAGCAGGAAGAUAUGGCACCGAGGUACUCAUCAGCUGCAGGGGUGGAGCAGGCGAUGCUCACCGAAUAUGGCGGACACGAGUCUUGCCCUUUGCAGGCGAAAUCUUCUAUUUUUGGUGGAUCUUGGAGUCCCAUCUCUGCCCACCCUUCAAACACAGCCGCUCCGACCUAUAUACAUCACCAUUACACGAGCGGGGACAGCGAUGGCAUGUUUACGCGCUCCUGGGCGUUGGAUCCGGUCUCCGCGUCCCUGUGUUUGACUGGAUUACCAUCGACAGCCAUGCAUUAUGAGAUAAAACCCGAGCCUUUGAUUGGGAGCGCCGAAUGUACAACUUUGGAGACGCACACACCUCUUCUGUCUGACACAGGAAACGACACGUCCCUUGCAGAGAUUCCCUGCGAAACCACAUCCACGUCUAAAGCCACUGAAGAGAGCCCGUCAGCGGAGGAAAUGAGGGAGGCAGACGCAAAUAACCCAUCAUCCAACUGGCUUCACGCAAAGCCCACCAGAAAAAAGCGUUGUCCGUACACAAAGCAUCAAAUCCUCGAACUGGAAAAGGAGUUUCUAUUUAACAUGUACCUCCCCCGGGAUCGUAGAUACGAAAUUGCGAGACUGCUGAGUUUGACCGAGAGACAGGUGAAAAUCUGGUUUCAGAACCGCAGGAUGAAGAUGAAGAAAGAAAACAAAGACCGGCGGAGAGACAGUUAACUUGUUUUGGACUGAUGGUGGAUUAGAGUCUGAGGGGGGGAGGAAGUGGGGGAGGUAGAGGGGAGGUGGGUGGGUGUGGGUUCUGUCCUUAAUAUUUCUGGCCUGUUACACAUGUUGUUGUAAAAUUUGUGUCGUUAAAAUGAUGCCCGGUGUUUUUCUGUUUUUCUCUGUUAUCCAGUGUUUGAUAUUCGUCAGAGGACAAAGUGUCUCGUCAGAGUUUAGAUGUGUUGUAUUUUGCGCACAGAAAUAGUUACGAUCGUUUGUUCUUGCAUGACUUGAUCCUUGACUACCUGAAUGUCUUUCAGCUACCUAUUUUAAGUUAUUGUUUUUUGCAAUCUAGAUGGUUUUUUUUUUCAACUGUUGAGUUUUGAUCCAUUUGUGAAAACACUGUGCACACUUAAAAUACCUCGUCGUUCCUGCAGUUUCAUUUAAAAUAAAGAGUAGUUUGUAUAGCACACGA